AUGGAGAGGAGAAUUACCGAUGAGUUAAAUAUAUCUGACAAACACCAAUCCUGCAUGAGUAUCAUGAACCUUAUCCAUAAGGCUGGUUUGAAAAAAACUAUCUCGAAUGUUGGCCCUUUUUAUCCCCAGUUAAUUAGAGAAUUUAUUGUCAAUCUGCCUGAUGAGUUUAAUGAUCCAAGUAGUGCUGACUAUCAUACGGUGCACAUUAGAGGGUUCAAAUUUGUGAUUUCACCUGCUGUGAUAAAUGGGUUUCUUGGAAAUACUGUUGAUAUUGACUGCUCUCCAUCAUGUCCUACUACUAAGGUUUUAGCUAAUGUCUUAUCUGGAGGGACCUUGUCCACAUGGCUUGUGAAUGGAAUCCCUACAGCUGCUCUCAGCGUCAAGUAUGCCAUUUUGCACAAGAUUGGCAUUGCCAAUUGGUUCCCUUCCUUACAUGCCUCAAGCAUAUCUGUUGCCUUAGGUACAUUCUUGUAUCAAAUUUGCAAUAGUGAUAAAGUAGAUACGGGUGCCUUCAUUUACAAUCAACUAUUGAGGCAUGUCGGGUCAUUUGGGGUCAAGGUUCCCAUUGCUUUUUCGAGGUUGUUCUCCAGUCUGCUACUUCAUCUAAAUGGAGCGGUGCUUACUGCAUCUGAUGCUCCUGGACCUGAACCUAAGACAAUUGCACUUAGCUACAGACUCUUUCAAGGCAGUCAUAUGCCUGAUAUUGACCAUGAUGUGCAUCCAACUCGGGGCCCAUGUAUUUUUGAGACUACUGAUUGGGAUGACUUUGCUAAAGGCUUCUAUGUGGAUCGUGAGUUAGCUACCCGCAUUAUUAAUUCCUUAACUGCUGAAUCUCAUGCACUGACUAACUCCAUCACUCUAUUGUCUGAACGUCGAUUAGAGGUUGAUGCUCUCAUUCGACAUUUGAAGUCUUCGGCACUAUCUACUAGUCGUCAGCAACCAUCAUCUUGUUAA